UCCUAUCAGGCGCCGCCCACAGAGCAUCCUCCAUUACUUUUAAUCUCCUUGCCUACGAAUGCUAUUUUUCUAGGUUUACUGCUAAAACUGUUGUACACUCUCCACAUCCGGUUUUUCAGUUCUUGCUUGCAUAAAUCGUCUUCCUUUCCUGCCUGCAUAAUAAUUAACGAAUAACAGAUCUAAAACCAAAAUAAAGCCAAUAAAAGACUGUCGAGAGUGGUGUGACCACAGUAGAGAAUCUUUCGUGUUACAGCAGCUUCAAAUUUGUGCUUGAAAUAGCAUGGCAACGUUGUCAUAGUCAUGGAGUGUUUGUUCAAUAUUAGAUCGGCAUGACGGCAUGAUCUGAAUCUGAGUCUAUGACAACAAACAAUCAUGUUUACAUUCUUGGCCUAGACUCGGCUAUGUUAUUAUCUACAAGAUCUACAGACUAUAGAGACCUACUAUAGCCUACCAGAAGACUAGGCCUAGAGUCCCAGGGGAGAGUCUCUUGUUAGCAGCAGUGGCAAUGUCAAUGGGAACACUUCUAAGACAAGUCACAAGUACUACACUAGUCUAGAUUCUAGAUAUCUAGAGUCUGGAGGUUCUGAGUCUGAGUGGAACAAAUUGCAUGACAUGACAUGAACCUUGCCUUGGAUCAGAAUUUUUUUUUUAAUUGAAAAAAGCCUCUGAACUUUUAUUUAUAGGCUAUUGAUCUAGAAUCUAAAUUACUGAUAAAUUUUCUCACCCUGUGACUGUUGUGUGGCAGAAAUUAAUUUUGACAAAUACAGCAGGGUUAAGUUUGAUAAACAAGGAAACAUGUUGAAUGUGGAUAAAAAGAGGAAGGAGAAUACAAUGUUUUCCUCAGGACAAGAUUUUAAUGAUGACAGUGCUAUGGAAAAAGAAUCGUGUUGUCAACUUAAUGUCUGUACACCCACUGAUAAUGGUGAAGACGUAAAGCCUGAUGUUUUUCCUGUUGUGAAAACUGAACCCUGUGGUUCUCCUAGGUCUUGUUGUAGCAGUGAUAGUGAUAGUACUGAUAGAGAUCCUGUAAAACCUGACAUCAGGAGUGGGGAGUCUGUGGUAAAAGAAGAGUUUGGUUCUAGCUCCAUGCUUGAACUUGAAGAGGAAAAACCUGCAGCUAUUGAAAGUGAAAGUUUCAAAGGAGAAAUAAAGCAAGAUGUUGAAGCAGACCUACCAUGCGAUGUAACUGAUGUCUGCCAGCCUGUCGAAAACGAAUGUAUUGACAUUGAGAUUGAUAGAGACGAGCCCUUGUUUUCAUUUCCUGAAGAAGAAAACACAAAGACUGAAGAGUGUCAGAAAUGUAGACCGACUUGUUUUUUGAAAGAGGAACCACAGCUUGGACUUUUCCCUAAUCAUUGUCCAGAAGUGAAGACUGAACUAGAUCUAGAUGAUGAUAGACUUAAUGUGAAGCAGGGAGAAGAAAACAUAGAGACUAAAGUAACGUGUGUGAAAUGUACUUGUGUUUUGAAAGAUGAACCACAGCUUGGACUUUUCCCUAAUCACCGUCUGGAAAUGAAACAGGAAAUAGAGAAUAAUGUCAAUGUGAAGCAGGAAGUGCUGGAAGAGGAGUGUGGAUCAAUGUUGGAUUGUUAUAAUGAGGCCGAAGAAAUACAACAGCAAAUCGCUGAUGUGACGAGUUUGUGUGCAGGACAGAGUUCGCACGCAGGCACUGAUCAUGCUGAUGUUGUAACUGGUGACGGUUCAACUUUAUCUUUUUCUGCUGACUCAGCUCUUUUGGAAAACAAUGUCGCAAAUUCUGGUUAUGCUGUCUUGGCCGGCUCAGAUCAAGGUGGCGUUCCUUACGACCACAGUCUGGCUACCUCCACACACCCAGCAACACAGCAAUACCUCUUGGAGAGACACGGAGUCGGUCCUAGUUGCGAUGUUGUUGACACAAGUCAAAUAGGUGAUCAAAGAAAAGAUGACCGUGCCUCGGAAGAAACCACAUCUUCUAUCCAUAAUCCGGAGAAGAAAGUCUUUGAUCUAUAUCUCAGCAGAGAGUAUGAUAAGGACAUGUGCAGCAAAAGUGCAGUAAAUGAUGGCCAGAAGCAGAAAGGUUACGCUUCCGAAAUAACGAUGGUUAUGGCGAAUACCACUUCGGGAACGGAGCACGUAUGUCAUAUUUUCACGCAGGCAUCUGAAGAAAAACCGCUAAAAGAACGCACUACGGUAAAGUUGAACGAGCCAUCAUGUGACUACAGCCCAGAUAUUGUUCGGCAGUCCACAAGUGACAUUUCCGACUUGGGCUUUUCUUCGACUUCUUGUUCACAAUCUCUUGUUCCAUCCACUAAUUGUACCCAGUCUUCUGGUGGUGCAUUACCUCAACAACUGCACAGAGAGACUCCUCCUGGACAAGAUAGCAACGCUGUCCCUGAUGGACCCAAGUCUGCGACUGGCAAAAGAAUAAGUGCUGGAGAAAAAGAAAAGCCUUACAAAUGUGAUGUUUGUGGUGCAGGGUAUAUACAUGCUCGAAGCCUUAACAGACACAAGCGGAUUCAUCUAGAAGAAAACCCUUACAAGUGUGAAGUUUGCUGUGAAAAGUUUGCCGAGAGCAUUCAUCUGAAGAGUCACAAAAGAACACAUGCUAUGAAAGAAAAGCUUUACCACUGUGAAAUAUGUGGCGUUGGCUUAAAAAAUGAGAUAAAACUACAGAGCCACAAAAGAAAACACACGGGCGAAAAGCCUUUCCAGUGCAAAGUCUGUGGUAGACAGUUUGCAGAGCCGGGCGGUUUGAAGAGUCAUGAAAUAAUUCACUCGGGAGAGAAACCUUACAAAUGUGAAGUAUGUGAUAAACGGUUUGCACGGAAACAAGAUUUAAGGAUUCAUGGCACGACUCACACUGGACAAAAACCUUAUAAGUGUGAAGUUUGUGAUGCUGUGUUUGCACAGUGUAGUGAUCUAAAGAUUCAUAAAAGAACACACACAGGAGAAAAGCCUUACGGAUGCGAUGUUUGUGGUGCUAAAUUUGCCAAGAGUGGCUCUCUAAAGAGUCACAGAAAACUACACUCUGGAGAAAAACCUUACAAGUGUGAAGAUUGCGAUAGACGGUUUGCAAGAGCCUCUGGCUUAAAGAGUCAUAGAAAGAGACACAGCGGAGAAAAACCGUACAAGUGUGAAGUUUGUGGCAUUGGGUUCACUUUAAGGCAAUAUUUGAUUGUGCAUACUAGAACACACACAGGAGAAAAGCCUUACAAAUGUAAAGUCUGCGGACUUAGGUUCAUAAACACAGCCAAUCUACACGCCCACGAGAAAACGCACUCAGGAGAAAAGCCUUACGGCUGCGAAGUUUGUGGCAAACAGUUCGCACUAAAAAGCUAUUUAAAGAGACAUAAAAAAACGCACACUGGAGAAAAAUCGUUCAAAUGUGAAGUUUGUGGUAAAUGGUUUACAUCGAGAUACGGUUUGAAGACUCAUUAUGAAAGAACACAUAGCCAAGAAAAGCCUUACGGUUGUGAAGUUUGUGGUGUUAGGUUUGCUCAGGGCGACCGCUUGACGGUGCAUAUGAGAACACACGCAGGAGGAAAGCCUUACCCGUACAAGUGUGAAGUUUGUGGUGUGAAGUUUCCUAAGAGCAGUCGCUUGACAGCACAUAUGAGAACACACACAAGAGAAAAGCCUUACAAGUGUGAAAUCUGUGGAGCUGAGUUUACUCAGAAGCUUAAUCUACUGAUCCAUGAAAAAAUAAUACACACUAGAAAAACCUUACAAUUGUGAAAGUUUGUGAAUAUUUGUAAAUUGUUUGCACAUGCUGACUGCGUAAAGAAUCAAAAUACUGCGGUCAAAAAUUUGUGGCGCAACUUAUUGUCAAGCAUUGCCUCAACUAUCGAACAUAGACUCUCCAGCUUUUUCACAGUGACUUGUAUCAAUUUGUUUUAACGUUAAAAUUUUUGUAAAUUCCUGUUGACUGUUUUCUAGAAAAUUCCUUAUAAAUACUAAUUAAAAAUCCCAGUGGGUGGUUUCUACAGAUUUUGAAAG